AUGUCAACAUCUAUCCAAGUAGAGCCAAUCAUGGAGAUACGCUACGGAGGAGUUGGCCGCUGCAAGUGCUCGUUCUGGUUUGCAGUGGCCCACGACAUACUGGGUGUCUUCAUCAUGAUGGUUGGGGUGUUCGGAGGGCUGGUCAUACAUGAUCUGUUCAUCUACGCAGGGGCGAUCAUCAUCUUCCUCAGCCUGAUCUGGUGGGUGUUCUGGUACUCCGGGAACAUCGACGUGCCGCCUGAGGAGCUGGAGGACGACGUGGGCCUGAUCAAGCUGAAGAACCGCAGACUGAGCCGCGUGGUGAGGCGAGUGUCUGACCGCUUUUCCAGCAGGAUCAGGAACUCUUUCAGGAAGAGCGCUGCAUUUGUCAAGGCAGACCCCAAAAAUAGACCUUCAAACACUGGUACAGAGGUACCGCUCUCCACUAUUUAUGACACCACUAUCGCCUCGUCGUCUAGAGAGCUUGUGAGAGAGACUUUGUCAAUAUGAACAUUGCAGACUGUAAAUGACACACUGAACCUGGAUAUUUCCUUUCAUCAUUAGUUUGAAAGGGAUUUUGUGUUUGCUCUGCUCACAUGCACCUGUAAUCAUUAGACAGCACUGAAGUCUUGCCGAGAUAACGUCCACGUGUUCUUAUCUCACAGAUAAGAUGUUAACUUUGCACACCACAACAGUGCUGCAAAUGGCUCUGAUUUAUCAUCAGUCAUUAUUUUGUUGAUUCACAGACUUUGCAGAGUAGAAAUGUGGUGACUGUAAAUAGAAAAAUAAA